CGGCCGGCCCGGGUCACGUGACCUAGAGGCCCCACCCCCUGCCGCCGCCGCCAUGUUGUUUCUCCCUCCCGUACCAGCUGGUGGCUGCAGAGGCGGGACGGGAGCUGCGCAGCCCGGCUGCCGACAUCAGCGGCGCCUCCCCCGGCAGAUGCUGAAUGAUGAUUUAAGCUGAACAAUCAAGGCUGCAGACCCUGAUGGAGGAGUACUGCCUGGUUAAAGCUGAAAUGCUUCAAUUGACUUGAAGUCCAGUAUAUCAGAAGGUGGCAUUGAUUGACUCAGAAAUCGGGAGGAUCCGUUUCAACAACAAUGGCAACAAAAUCGUCGCUCCUUAAAGUAAUACUCCUAGGUGAUGGUGGAGUCGGGAAGAGUUCACUUAUGAACAGAUAUGUCACUAACAAGUUUGAUACACAGUUGUUCCACACAAUAGGCGUGGAGUUCUUAAAUAAAGAUUUGGAAGUGGAUGGACACUUUGUUACAAUGCAGAUAUGGGACACGGCAGGUCAAGAACGGUUCAGGAGCUUACGGACUCCUUUCUAUAGAGGUUCUGACUGUUGCCUUCUAACUUUCAGUGUAGAUGACUCUCAAAGCUUCCAAAACUUGGGUAACUGGAAAAAAGAAUUCAUUUACUAUGCAGAUGUCAAAGAGCCUGAAAGUUUUCCUUUUGUGAUAUUGGGUAACAAAGUUGACAUAAAUGAAAGGCAAGUGUCUACAGAAGAAGCCCAGGACUGGUGCAGGAACAACGGCAACCAUCCCUAUUUUGAGACUAGUGCAAAAGAUGCCACUAAUGUUGCAGCGGCCUUUGAGGAAGCUGUUCGAAGAGUUCUUGCUACUGAAGACAGAACAGAUCACUUGAUUCAGACAGAUACAAUAAAUCUUCACCGGAAGCCUAAACCCAGUUCAUCUUGCUGUUGACUGUUAGAUUUUUUUUUUUUUUGCCAAUAAAGUUCUGACAGACUUACCCUAAAAAUAAGAAAAGGAGUAAUAGCUCAAAUAUAAGUGGGUUCCACCCUAAUAUUAUUAAAAUAUAACAUUCUGCUGCUUUACUGGGGGGUAGGGGCGGGCUUCCAUUCAGUGAGUGAUUUUUUACUGAAAUCUUCUGUUUAGAAAGGUGUCAGCUAAAAAUGUUCAUUUAAUACAAAUGUGUAAUUUGCAAAGUUAACAAAUCAAAUGAUAAAUACUUAAAUGUAAUUCAGAGGAACUUGAAAGUUCUAGAAGCACUACUUUUGGGUUUUUUUUCCUGUAAUUCAAAUGCAAGGAACAAAUUUUAUAUGUAUGUAUAUUUUUAUGAAAUUAAUAUUCCAUUUUUGGUUCACUAAAACCCAUUUCAUAACAAUAAUGCUAAAUAUUAAAGAACUUCAGUCUCAUUACAUUCCUUUUGAUCUGAGUGGUACUUCAUCUCUAAUGUGAUUUUUUUUUUUUUAAUUCUAUAUAAACCUUUAGAUUUCUGCUAUUAAGUACCUAAUGUGACUAGAACUACUGUAGAUUUUAAGGUGGGAAAUAAACCUCCUGCAUACUUAAA